UUAUUUUCAAAGAUGGUUGGCAAACGGAAAAGAGAUACCUCUGAAGUAUCGGGAUCUGAAAAGGGCGGUGGACAGCAGGAGACCCCAGCUACUGCCGAAUCAAGCGCUCAAGAUAUAUUCCGCAAAUUCUUCGAAGCUCAGUUCCAGCCUUUGGAGGUCAAAAGGGUCAACACUGCCAAAAAUGAAUCUGAUUCCGAAUACACCGACAACGAGCAUGAUGGGAAUAGUCAAGAAGAUGACUCCGCAUCCGAGUCUGAAUGGAGUGGAAUUGAAGAGCAGGAAGAAAACACCCCUGUUGAGGUAGUUGAGUAUCAGGCUCCUUCUCGCAGUCCUGAAGACCUGAUAGACAAGAAAGCUCGAAAGGCGUUUAUGACCGCAAAGCCGCCAUCCUUCUCUAUGGACUUAAACCCUAUCACGGACAGCUCGAAAAAAGCCACGAACGACGAAGAUGACAAAGAUAUCGAAUCGCUUAACUUGAAGAACGACCUCGCACUUCAGCGACUUCUGAAAGAGUCUCAUCUGUUGGAAUCAGCUUCAGAUCUCGCGCCGACAGGCAAGAAUCGACACAAGGCGCUCGAUUUGAGAAUGCAGGAGCUUGGGGCUAAGAACUCGCUUUACCACCAGAAGAACAUGCCAUCGUCAAUACGAAAGGGUAUCAAAGCUAAGGCUGUUUCAAAGGAAGAUAAGCGUCGGCGGGAAGCUCGAGAGAACGGGAUCAUCCUUGAGAAGCCCGCGCCCAAGAAACAGAUUAGCAGUGGGCGACGGGAACGAGGAGUUGGAGGCCCAUCGAUUGGAAAGUUUGCAGGUGGAACUCUGAAUCUCAGCAGUCGGGACGUCGCUCACGUCCAAGGAUCACGGAGAGGGGGUGGAAAGUCGAGAGGCCGCGGCAAGACCAGAGGCCGUCGCUAA